ACUUUCAGUUUUGUUUUCUGCAGAAACGAAACGAAACAAAACUCAACCGAGAGACUCCAGAGGCUGGAGCAUGGAGGGCGACUUCCAGGAGUGCGGGCACUGCAAAAGAAGCGUGGCUUCUGCCCAUUUCGCCCUCCACGAGGCCCACUGUCUGCGGUUCCUGGAACUCUGCCCCGAGUGCGAGGAGCCCGUCCCAGGGCCGAAGAUGGCAGAGCAUCUCAAGGAGCACCAGCAGCCCGAGGAGUGCCUGGAGCAGCCCGACAAGCACCUGGAGCAGCCCGUGGAGUGCAAGUUCUGCGAGCUGGCCGUGCACCUCAGCAAGCUGCAGACCCAUGAGCACCACUGCGGGGCGCGGACCGAGCGCUGCCCGGACUGCGGCCGGUUCGUCAUGCUCCGUGAGCUGGCCCAGCACAGAGAUGUCUGUGGGGGCACACAGGCUUCCGGGCUCAGGAAAGGGGAGAACAUUUCGGCUCCUGAGAGGAAAAUCUGUUGUGAUUAUUGCGGCCAGAUGAUCCCAGAAGAUAAUUCUUUCCACCAUCUGGGUAAGUGUGGUCCAGUCACGAAGCCAAAGAGUCGGCCCCCAUCCCUCCCACGUCCAGCUGCUGAGAGUCCAUCUUCCAAGGCAAAGAAAGACGUCCGUCCAAAGUCAAAACAAUUCAAUGGGUUUCCCCGAACUUCGGAAAGCUCAACAAAGCAGGCGGCAAGAGGAAAAACCCGAUCCAUGGAUCUGCCUUGGAAGUCGAAGCUUGAGCCCAGGGCCGGCCCAACCUCAGCAGGCGAGGUGGCCUACGACAUCCUGCGGCAGUGUUCCCAGUGCGGCAUCCUCCUCCCCUUGCCGACCCUGAUUCAUCACCAGGAGAAAUGCCAGCGGUUAGCGUCUUUGAAAGGAGAACAAGUGAGAACUUCCAGGUAGACUUGGAAAUGGAAAGGUAUUACCGAUUUGGAAGAUUCCGUUUGUAUCCUGGUUUCCCUGCUGCUUUGCUAUCUUGGCCUUCAGGCUUCGGGCUUUAGAAGUUUUGUGCUGGGGCCACCGUUAUGGCGUUAGUAGGUUAAGCCUCUGCCGGUUCAUGUCCCGGCUGCUCCACUUCCGAUCCAGCUCUCUGCUAUGGCCUGGGAAAGCAGUAGAAGAUGGCCCAAGUCCUUGGGCCUCUACACUCUCGUGGAGACCUGGAAGAGGCUCCUGGCUCCUGGCUUCAGAUCACUGUGGCCAUCUGGGGAGUGAACCACCACAUGGAAGAUUGAUCUCUCUCUCUCUCUCUCUCUCUCUCUCUG